CUCCCCUCCCCUCCCCGUACUGUUUGUUCCCCGCUCCUUUUUCCCAGCUUUUCUUUUUCCCUUGCCUGCUUUUGGCUCCUCUCGGUUUCCUGGUUCUUCAAAAGCAACGAGUUUUCCCUCCCCCUGCAUCAAAUGGAAAACCAUUCGAAAGCUCAAGAAACCAACAGCAGCAGUAGCACCAAUUACAGCCGCAACAAUGGAGCAACGACACCAGCAGCAGCUCCGUCACCGUCAUUGCCACCAGCUCUGCCUCCCAAAACCAUUCCGAAAGCCUGCGAGGUGAAUCCGUACCCGACGACCUUCGUCCACGCUGACACCUCCUCCUUCAAGCAGGUAGUCCAAAUGCUCACAGGCUCAGCCGAGACCGUCGCCGCUGCCGCGGCCGCUAGCUCGACGGCACAGAAAGCACCGGUUGCCCCGGCCACCAAGGCUACCGGCCCAAAAAAGCCUGCUUUCAAGCUCUACGAGAGGCGGAACAGCCUCAAGAACCUCAAGGUACUCAGCCCCCUCGUUCCAGCAUUCUUCAACUCCAGCCCCAACCCCAACUCCCUCGUCGCCGCUGCCGGAUUCUCUCCUCGGAAGCAGCCGGAGAUCCUGUCGCCCAGCAUGCUGGACUUCCCUUCGCUGGUGCUCAGUCCGGUGACGCCCUUGAUCCCCGACCCCUUCAACCGGCCGCCGCACCACCCGACUUCGGCGGCUGCCAAAUGGGCGGAGGACCGGGCGAUCGCCGAGAAGGGGUUCUACCUGCAUCCUUCGCCGCGGGCUUCGACGGACGCGGAGCCUCCGCGGCUGCUACCCUUGUUCCCAGUGACAUCUCCCAAGGUCUCGUUCGACUUAUCUCUUGCCGUACCUCACUCCUCCACCAGAUAAGUUUACCUCCAGAAUUGUGUUCGGUCUCUGUACUCGUUUUAGCUUCGAUUGCAUGGUUUAUUCCUUCGUCCGCGAAUGCAAAUCGAGCAGCAUGGCACAGAAUCAUCAUCUCCUUAUUCCUUCUCUCUUUUGCCGACAUGAUUGGGAGAGUGAUACAAGAAGAAGAAGAAGAAGAAGAAGAAGAAAAAUGAUGGCUCUUCUAAGUCAGAGAAAAAAGGCCAGCUAGUCCGCACUGCUUCUGCAAGUGCGAGUUCUGAUGAUGAAGGGUGGGUGGAACAAUAUAAAUCGAUGAACCAAGCUGCUGCCGAGUGAAAGAUGACCCCUAUCCCUUCCCACUUCUUCUUCGAGUCUGUCAUGAGGUGCUUGGAUCGAUGGGUUGAAGUCUCUGUUUCACCGUCCUUUUCUUUUUCUCUCUCUCUCUCUCUCUCUCUUUCACAUGUCGACUGAUGAUGAGCCAAGACACCAAAGUCUUUUGAAUCUCAAUGCCUGUGAACACUAUAAACCUUACCAGCACUGCUUUUGCUUGCUAGGUUUAAGCAGUACAAAGGUUGCCUCUCGUUUCAGGUAUCUUCCCGAUGACCGCAAGUCUGAAACUGGUGGAAGAAAAGGACUGCAGCUAGCUUUUAAAUGCAUGAAGCACCUACUAAGAUGGAUGGACCUGUGUGUCAGAAAGGACAGCGAAAAAUCUAUCCAUCCCGAUGCCACUUUUUUUUUUCCCUACUUGGAUGGAUGGAUGGAUCUCAUCGACCAUAAAUAGAAGGGGACCAUCAUCAUCAUCAUCGUUAUGGAUAGGGCAGGCGAUUCAUUCAUCACAUCUGAAUUCAGAGUAAGCCAACGACAGCUUCUCUCGACUUCGUUCCGAGAUCGACUCCCCUCCUCGGAGUUGACUAAUUAAGGUCUCAGCAGAUCAGGCAAGAGAAGUUUGGAACCAACGACGAUACCAUAUGACCAAGUUCAAACGAAGAAACGAGACCUUCGUUCUUAAUAAGCUGUCAACGGGCAAAUCCUAACUCUUAUUUGCAUCAUCGUCUUCUAGCUGAGGCUUCCACUUUCAGGUUAAUUUUUUUGACAGCGAUUAACACAAUGUCCACCACCUAAAUGCAAUGCUUGUAUCGUAAUUGAUACUUGGAAUAAAAAAUAAAAAUCUUUUUUGAUCCGAGCUUAGAGUGGAGG